UUCCAAAGACCACAAAAAAUCAACGUGCGAAAGACGCAAUUUCCUAUUUUCGAGGGGAUUUUCACUCUUUUGAGAGUUUUGUCUUACUAGAAACACUUAAAAUGCAGGACGUUGUAGCUCCCGUACAAUACAUACAGUUUGACAUAUGUGCAUCUUUAGAGAUGCAGCUUGGUGCUCUUCCUCUACCAUUUCCAGGGAUGGACAAAUCUGGAGCAGCUAUCUGUACAUACUAUUUAAGUAAUGUUUGUAGUAAAGGUGCUGCUUGUCCAUUCCGUCAUGUUAAAGGUGACAGAACAGUUGUAUGUAAACAUUGGUUACGAGGUCUAUGUAAAAAAGGAGACGAUUGUGAAUUUCUCCAUGAGUAUGAUAUGACAAAGAUGCCUGAAUGCUACUUCUUCUCAAAAUUUGGUGAAUGUAACAACAAAGAAUGUCCAUUUUUACACAUCGACCCGUCAUCAAAGUUAAAAGAUUGUGCUUGGUAUGACAGAGGAUUUUGUAGACAUGGUCCUAAUUGUAAGAACAGACAUGUGAGAAGAGUUAUCUGUCAGUGUUAUUUAAAUGGUUUCUGUUUGGAGGGUCCAAAAUGUAAAUUUAUGCACCCUAAAUUUGAAUUGCCAGUUUAUGAGAGCAAAGAAAUGACAAAGAAACCAAUGAUCACAUGUCACUUUUGUGGAGAGACAGGUCACAAAGCCAAUAGUUGUUUUAAAGUGCAACAGGGACAUAUCCCAACAGGAAUUCAAGAUGGAAAUAAAAUAGAAAUUCAGGCACAGGAUAUGAAAACACAAUUACAGGCAUCACAACAGAAUAUGACUAGUUCAAUAAAACCAAUGCCAGAUUACAGAAACCCAAUGAGACCUUUAGAUCAAGUUACAUGUUUCAAGUGUGGAGAAAAAGGACAUUAUGCCAACAAGUGUAAUAAAAGCCAUCUUGCAUUCCUUAGUUCGGGAGGACAUUGAUAAUGUCACUUUAUUGUUAAUUGUUAUAAUGGACUACGUUACAGAGAUAUAAAAUAAAAGUACAUGCUAGAUAUACUUUUCUUGAAUAGAAUAUUUAAGAUGGUACUGGAAAAAUUAGUGUCGAAAUGAGAUAUUUUCCUAAUGACAUGUGGUACUGAACAUGCAAUGUAAAAAAACUUUGAUGUGCAUCUGUUAUCAGAUAUUUAAGCAUAUGUUCUCAUUGUUUAGAUGAAAUAAAAUUUGUAAUUUUGAAAUAGA